ACUGCUGUCUGCACGUGAGUUUAUCAACAUCGUGAUGUUCGGCUAUUUGUAGAUUCAGCCUCUUGUUGGAUAAGUUAUAGUGAAUAACGCCUCCAGAGUUACAUAAAAGGAAAACGAUGGCGACAGUGCGGAAGAAGAUAGACAAUCGGAUUCGGGUCCAGAUUGAGAAUGGAGUCGCCCUGCAGCACCGGACCUUGUUCGUGGUGGUGGGGGAUCGUGGGAGAGAUCAGGUGGUGAUUCUUCAUCACAUGUUGUCUAAAGCUGCUGUCAGAGCUCGACCCUCAGUACUGUGGUGCUACAAGAAAGACCUGGGAUUCAGCAGCAACAGGAAGAAACGCAUGAGACAGCUGCAGAAGAAGAUCAAAACAGGAACACUGAAUCUGAAUCAGGACGAUCCUUUUGAGCUGUUCGUCGCUGCAACCAACAUUCGUUACUGUUACUACAACGAGACGCACAAGAUCCUGGGAAACACCUUCGGCAUGUGUGUCCUACAGGAUUUUGAAGCUCUCACUCCCAAUCUGUUGGCAAGAACUAUUGAGACUGUGGAAGGAGGGGGUAUAGUGGUCCUCCUCUUGCGGACCAUAAAGUCUCUGAAGCAGCUUUACACCAUGACCAUGGACGUGCACUCUCGGUACAGAACUGAGGCUCAUCAGGACGUGGUGGGCAGGUUCAAUGAGAGGUUCAUUUUGUCCCUUGCGUCCUGCAAAAACUGUGUUGUUAUUGAUGACCAGCUCAACAUCCUGCCGAUCUCCAGCCACAUGGCAAACAUCAAACCAGUCCCUCCAAAGACUCAGGAGGAUGGUCUGUCUCCUCGAGACCAGGAGCUGAAGGAUCUUAAAGAGUCCCUCCAGGACACUCAGCCUGUUGGGGUUCUGGUGGAGUGUUGCAGAACCGUGGACCAGGCUAAGGCUGUGCUGAAGUUUAUCGAGGCGAUCUCAGAGAAGACCCUGAGGAGCACCGUGGCUCUGACCGCCGCCCGAGGUCGAGGCAAGUCCGCCGCCAUGGGCCUGGCCGUCGCUGCAGCCGUUGCUUUUGGCUACUCCAACAUCUUUGUGACCUCGCCGAGCCCAGACAACCUUCACACCAUGUUCGAGUUCAUCUUCAAAGGCUUUGACGCGCUGCAGUAUCAGGAGCAUCUGGACUACGAAAUCAUCCAGUCUUUAAAUCCUGAAUUCAGCAAAGCCGUGGUGCGGGUGAACGUCUUCAAAGAGCAUCGGCAGACGAUUCAGUACAUCCACCCAGGAGAUGCGGUGAAGCUGGGCCAAGCUGAGCUGCUGGUUAUUGACGAGGCUGCGGCCAUCCCUCUUCCUCUUGUUAAAAACCUGCUGGGGCCUUAUCUGGUCUUCAUGGCCUCCACCAUCAACGGGUACGAGGGCACCGGACGUUCUCUGUCACUCAAACUGAUCCAGCAGCUGAGGCAGCAGAGCGCAGAGAGUCAGCAGAGCACGUCAGCAGAGAACAGGGUCACCAACACAGCCAGGCUGGCAGCAGCCCGCACGCUGCACGAGGCUUCUCUGCACGAGUCCAUUCGUUACGCUCCGGGAGACCCUGUGGAAAAGUGGCUGAACGAGCUGCUCUGUCUUGACUGCCUCAACAUUCCCAGACUCAUUUCUGGCUGCCCGCUCCCUCAGACCUGUGACCUUUAUUAUGUAAACAGAGACACGCUGUUCUGUUACCACAAAGCAUCUGAAGCAUUCCUGCAGAGACUCAUGGCUCUCUACGUGGCGUCGCACUACAAGAAUUCCCCCAACGACCUGCAGAUGCUCUCCGACGCGCCGGCUCAUCACCUCUUUUGUCUCCUGCCGCCGGUUCCUCCCACACAGAACUCGCUGCCUGAAGUCCUCGCUGUGGUGCAGGUGUGUCUGGAGGGAGAGAUAUCGAGGCAGUCCAUCCUCAACAGUCUGGCCAGAGGCAGGAAGGCCUCCGGUGACCUUAUUCCCUGGACUGUGUCUGAACAGUUUCAAGAUCCAGAUUUUGGCAGCCUGUCUGGCGGCAGAGUGGUGCGAAUUGCUGUCAAUCCAGACUACCAAGGGAUGGGCUAUGGCUCCAGAGCUCUGCAGCUCCUGCAGAUGUAUUAUGAGGGCAAGUUUCCUGCUACGGAUGAGAGCGUUCAACCAAACCAGAGUGAAAUCACCUCCGUCAGCAGUGAGGCGGUCAGCCUGCUGGAGGAGGUGAUCACGCCACGAAAAGAGCUCCCACCUCUGCUGCUGAAGCUCAGCGAGAGGCGAGCAGAGAAACUGGACUAUUUAGGAGUUUCCUAUGGCCUCACCGCACAGCUGCUCAGAUUCUGGAAGAAAGCUGGUUAUAUUCCAGUCUACCUGAGGCAAUCACCCAAUGACCUGACUGGAGAGCACUCCUGUGUGAUGCUAAAAGAGAUCAAUACAGAGGAGGACUCGGAGCAGAGUCAGUGGCUCUCUGCCUUCUGGAAAGAUUUCCGUAGGCGCUUCCUAUCUCUGCUCUCCUACCAGUUUAGCCGCUUUAAUCCAAGCCUGGCACUUAGCAUUUUGCAGAACAAGAAGUCCAAAGAGGAAGUUGCCACUGUGAACAGCAUGGGGCUGGCAGCACAUUUCACUCCGUAUGACCUCAAACGGCUGGAGUUGUACUCCAGGAACAUGGUGGACUACCACCUGAUCAUGGACCUGAUCCCUACAGUGGCACGCAUCUUCUUCCUCAAGCAGCUGGGCGAUGUCUCCAUCUCAGCAGCACAGUGUGCCAUACUGCUGGGAGUGGGACUGCAACACAAAUCUGUAGAUCAGCUGGAAAAGGAAAUCGAUCUCCCGAGCUCACAGCUCAUGGGUCUCUUCAACCGACUCAUCCGCAAAGUUGUGCAAGUGUUCACCAGCAUCCAGGAAAAAGAGAUUGAAGCUGAAAUGGUGGCUACUAAAGAUGUUACAAUGGAUCCAACAGUCAAAAGUCUAAAUGAAGACCUGAAUGAAGCAGCCAAAGAGUUUGAGGAAAGGCACCAAAAGGAUCUAGAGAAAGUGAAGGAAAUGGAUUUGGUAGAGUACAGGAUACGUGGAGAUGAUGAGGAGUGGGACCAGGUGCUGAAGAAAGCUGGGAACACGGCUGUCAUCAGCAUCAAAAGUGACAAGAAGAGAAAAUGGGAAGGGGAAAAUACCCAAACAAAAAACGGGUCUCCUCAGCACGUGAAGCAGAAAAAGAAGGAAAUGCAGCAUGGAAAGUUUAAGAAGAACAAAGACAAGCACGGGAAAUUUGGAAAGAAGGCGUGACAGAGCGUAGUAAUAACAGGACUGCAAAGGACUUUUUUGGACUCUCAGAUAUAAAUGUGUAUUCAUGAAUUUUUUUUAAGCAGGAUCUAAUCUUGUCAUCCAUAAUGUAAAUCAGCAAAGAUGAACACCUCAGCCCACUGUUAUGAAAUAAAUAACUUUUAUUUGUGUCAAA